CCACUGUUUCAAUGUUUCAUUGUUGGGUUGAGCAUCAAGAUCAUAAUUGAUGUGGAUGGUAGUAUUGUCUUUAUCUGUAGGGAUGAUGAGGAAAUAGGUGUGUUUUACGUGAAUGUUUUUGUCGUAGAAUUUACAGCAGUAAAGUUCAAGAUCAAUAUCAAGAUCAUCAUCAUCAUCUGUUCCGAUCAUGAUUGUAGUGAAUUAUAAAUGAGUAGCGAAGCUGCAUUUAUAGCCAUAUGGGAAAGAUUGAAAGGUGUCAUGAUCACUCAUCCGCAAGCGUUAGAUCUUUCAUCUGUUGUGUUAUUUUGUCGAUUAACCUUGGCAUGUAGACCGCUCUUAGGCUACUUAUUCGCUGCCUCCACAACUCUUCUUGAUUAAUUUCUUCUUUUCUUUUACACGAUUUACAUUCCUGACACUUGCACGUAUAAUCGUACGGGUAGAUAUACUCAGGCAUCGUUGAAUUCUAACCGGCUACAAUCCACAUUUAUAGCCAUAUGGGAAAGAUCGAAAGGUGUCGUGGUCAACGACACGUUUAUCAACCACGAGUUUGUACAUUUUAUUUUGGGACACUGUUUUGAUGGUUUUUGUAGCGGCACAUCUUGUGAUCUUAUGAGGAUUGUGGAGCGUUAG